CGUUCAAAAUGAGUUUAAACAAAAUUAAAUACGACGAGCUGGAGGAACUAAGGAGGAAAAAUGAAGUGCUGAUGAACUUGCUAAAUAAGCUAAUCUCGUUCGAUAAGAAAAGGGUAUUUCUCUAUCCCGUCAAUGUGCAGCUUGUUCCAGAUUAUUUGAACAUAAUAAAAGAACCAAUGGACUUUACCACCAUGAAACAUAAAAUCCAGAAUUAUAAAUAUAGAGGCUUUCAAGAAUUUGAAAAGGACUUCUUCUUAAUUAUCAAUAACUGUUACACAUACAACGACAAAAGUACCAUCUACCACAAGAUCGCAGAAAAUGUAGAAAAUUACUAUAAAAAGAUUACCCCAAAAAUAUAUAGGAAGUACUUAAAUAUCCAUCUGCUAUAUCACAGUGAGGAUAAGGAUGUGUUAAAUAAUACGCUAUAUGACCCGAACAUAAAUGAGGACAAAAAAACACCUGUUAAGGAAAUUAAAAAAAAUCUCAGGCCAAAAAAAAAAGGAAAAGUAGGCAGACCAAGCAAAAGAAGCAUAAGUUUUAAAAACGAACACGCAGAUAUGAACCAACCCGCGAAUGUUAAUAAAAAAAAGAAAAGUAACAUUAAAAAUUUAGCAAAGACAAAUCUGCACAUGCAAGGUAACAACCAUUUUGAUGACGACGCCUAUGGAUCAGUUAACGCUAUCGCCCUAAAUGACAUGCAUGGGUAUAAUAAUGAUGCAUAUGCAAGUUUAGAGAACAUGCUAGAGCAAGAAAACUUCUCCACAAUCCUAGAUACCAUUGAAGAUAGUAAUAAUAUAUCGAAGUAUAUUUUUCACAGGUUGAUUAGAGUACUGUCAGAUAACAAGAACAGCGACGCCCCCCUAUGUAACUAUGUAAAUAUGAGCAAAUCGUUACGGAAAAUAUUUCUUGGAGAACCCAUUUCGUCAAAAGAAAAGAAUAAAAUAUAUUCCCCAGCAUGCAGUAGUGGAAAUUACUCCCAGCUACCCCCAAACACCACAAAAAGAGACAUAAUCGACAUAGCCAACGUAAGCGAUGUAAACGAAAGUGCAAUUGUAAAGACUAAAAAGAGGAAACUAUCAAAUGCAGAGGAACAAGAUAAUUACACGGGACCCACUUCGCAAAGUAAUGCUCAAAACAACACUGAUACUAGGAGUGACACAAGCAUUGAAAGAGAAGCCAGAUCUGCGGAUUGCAAGUCCCCCCCCUCUGAGCCCGACAGUAACAAGAAUAACAACGCAGAAGAAUUAAACAAUGCUAGUGUAGAAAGGGAUGAAUGCCACGAUAACCCCCCCGCGGAAACAUUAAAUGACGAUUCUGCAGAGGAAGUAAAACCCCCAGAUAAGAAAAACGAACCAGAAAACGAUUUCGUAACAUACAACACUGAAAAAAAAGAAUUAACGAUAAAACUGCUAAACUACAAAGAAAGUGUAAAAAAAUUUAUCGGAGAAUCAAAUCUUCCUACAUUCAUUAAUAUAUUCCCAAAUAUUCACAACAUUCUAGAUAAUGCAGAUUCGAAAAAUUUAUAUUAUGCUUCCUUCAAUGACGUGAGAGUUUUCGGUUUAGAUGUAGCAGAUUUUGGCGAAAUUAACCAACAAAUCUCCUACAAUAAAAACUACCUCCUCGGAGUUGGUAGAUAUCAUAUAAAAAAUGUCCUGACAUUGGAUAAUAAUCUGUUAAACAUAAUGUUUAACGAAGAGAACAAAUCUCACCUUUGUGAGCAGAUAAAGUCGUACUUGUCAAGUGAGAAGAAUAAAGGCCAGAGAAGCAGUGCCCUAGGCCAACACAGUGAAAGUGAAAAGACCAAACAGUCAGCUACAAAUACAAACAAGUGCGUCCAAGCUAGUGAAAAUAAAACGGAAGAUACUUCACACUUCGAAAUGGGAAGUGGGCAAGAGAAUCCCGUUACUGAAAACGUUCAACAUGCUAGCAGUUCUCACUUGCACAGUAAUAAUAAGGACCAUUCCUCCCAAACGAAAAAUAAAAUACCUACAGGUAGUACCUUUGAGAAAAGGGAAAAUAGGGCUAAACCUCCUGAUAACUCUUAUUUGAUGUACAAUGACCCACAUUUUAAGGACAAUUCGAACUAUAGCAGUGACCAAGUUUCGAGUGAAUCAUCGGACAUUGACAAUUUGGACAUGAGGAACUUUUUAGAUACGUAUAAUUCAUAUAACAAGAAAUUCAUAAGGAGGAAACAGAUUUAUAGAAUUGUGAAAAAUAAAAUUAAAAAGUUGUUUAAAAAAGAUGCCACAAAAGAAGGCUAUGUCGUAACGGAGUAG